AUGGCCCAGAACCACGAGGAUACCGUGGCCGAGCUCCACGAGACGUUCGGCGAGCGUGUGGCGCACGACAUCGAGAAGAAGGAGCCCUUGUCUGAGAAGGAUGCCGAGUCUGGCCCAACUCCUGACGGAGCCGAGCCCAACGAGUACGAGAGGGGCACUUUGCGCCGUGUCGGAGAAAGUCUCCCCGCCUCAGCAUUCCUGAUUGCCGUUGUUGAGCUCACGGAGCGCUUCACCUACUAUGGUGCCCAGGGUCUUUUCCAGAACUACAUCAGCAAUGACGCCAAUGGAGUCGAUGGCCCGAAGGGUCUCGGAAUGGGUCACCAGGCUGCGACAGGACUGAACCUGUUCUUCCAGUGGUUUUGUUACGUCACUCCUAUUCUCGGAGCCAUCAUUGCUGACCAGUACUUGGGUAAGUACAAGACCAUUCUGGUCUUUUGCGCCUUUUACUGGGUUGGUCUUGUCAUUCUCUGGACGACAUCGCUCCCAGUCGCCAUGGCUAAUGGCGCUGGCAAACCCGGUUACAUCGUUGCAAUUAUUGUCAUCGGUCUGGGCACCGGCGGUAUCAAGUCGAACAUCGCGCCCUUGAUUGCCGAUCAGUACCAACGUCGUGUCAUGGCUGUCAAGACGGAGAAGACCGGCGAGCGAGUCAUUAUCGAUCCAGCCGUCACGUACCAGCGCAUUUACAUGAUCUUCUACUGGUGUAUCAACCUCGGAUCGCUUUCUUUGAUGGCAACGCCCUUCAUGGAGAAAUACAAGGGAUUUUGGACAGCAUACCUGAUGUGCUUUUGUGUCUUCAACGUCGGCAUCGCUACUCUGGUGCUGCGUCGCAAGACUUACGUCAACCGCCCGCCUCAAGGAUCUGUCAUCACUGAUGCCUUCAAGGCUCUUGGCUUGAUGAUUGCCUCGCGCAACAUGGAUGCCGCGAAACCAUCAUGGCGUGCAGCUAAUGGCAAGGGCAAGCCCGUCCCAUGGAAUGAUCAUUUCAUCGACGAGCUCAAGAGAGCACUCAGAGCUUGCAAGGUCUUUGUCUUCUACCCCAUCUUCUGGGUCUGCUACGGCCAGUUCUCGACCAACUUCGUCACUCAAGCCGGGCAGAUGGAGGGCCAUGGGAUGCCGAACGACUUCAUGCAAAACUUCGACCCCAUCUCCAUUUUGGUCUUCACCCCAAUUCUCGACAAGGUCGUCUAUCCGCUCCUGCGCAAGGCUGGCAUUGAGCUGAAGCCCAUUAUGCGUAUCACGAUUGGCUUUUGGCUCGGUGCUCUCUGCCUCGCAUAUGCAGCCAUUGUCCAACAUCUUAUUUACAAGGCCGGCCCGUGCUACGAAGCUCCGGGUGCCUGUCCCGAAGGAUUGAGCAAUGGCGCUUCUCUGCCUAACCAUGUUCAUAUCGCCGUCCAGACCCCGGCGUAUGUGUUCAUUGGGUUGUCUGAAAUCUUCAUUUCUGUUACCGGUCUCGAGUAUGCCUACACCAAAGCGCCGCCCAACAUGAAGUCUUUCGUUCAGAGCAUCUAUCUCUUCACCAAUGCUUUCGGCUCCGCCAUCUCCGAGGCCCUGGUGUCCGUCGCGGUUGACCCCAAGUUUUUGUGGAUGUACACGGGAGUUGCUUGCUUCUCUUUCGUCAUUGGAUUUGUAUUCUACUUCACUUUCCGCCACUACGACGCCGAGGAGGACAAAAUGUAUGAUCUGGACCGCGAUCAGCCAAUUCUGACACACAACGGUGUCAAGCAGACCGAGACAGACGAGUAG